AUAGGAAUAACACUAACGUGCUGGAGGCUGGACUGCAGAAUGAAAGUUGUCGAGAAGGAAAGAGGAGCAUACUGAUCUGACUGUACUCUGAGCUCAUCCCUUCUGCUUUACACCGCCUGCUUUUUUAGACUCAGAAUCACCACGGAUCUGAACACAGACCGAGCAGAGGUGGACAGCGUACAAGACCCUGCUCAUGGAUGAGGAUGAGGAUGAGGUGUUUGGGCCUGUCUCACAGUGCUGGCCUUCCUCCAACAGGGAGAUAAAGCAGGAGGACCACAGCACGCAGACCCCAGGGAGCCCUGCGGUACGGCUAAAUGGCAUGCUGCCCUGUGGCGUGGCCGAGGAGCCCCGACGACUCUUCUAUGGUAGUGCAGGAUUGCUAUUGCUGACGCCGUCUGCCCGUACUAACCGCGUCGAGGACGCCAUGUUUCCUGAGAAUCGGCCUCGCCGACGGCCUGCGCAUAGCGUGGAGGCUCAGAUCGGCCAGAAACUCCAGAUGAUUGGCGACCAAUUCUAUCAAGAGCACAUGCUGCAACACCAAAACCAAAGGAACCAGUGGCCAUUUUGGUUGCGUUUGGCCUCAGCGUUGUACGCGCUCCUGUUCGAUGGCGAGCCCGCAGUUCACAGGAGGAGACAGGAGGAUCGCAGAUGAGUCGGCCACCGGGACAAGAUCCACCUCUUCUGCUUAAUGGCACUGUUCGACUUUCAACACGGGUUUUUAGGAGGAGAAAGCGAGAAGGAAGACGAUCUCCGCGGGACGGGGACCUCCUUUUCUCCUCACAAGAAGAUGCCACGGUGUUCAUGAGAUUAUUUUCAUAUAAGACUUCUUGAGGUAUUUUGUACAAUAUUUUCUGUCUUCGAAUUUCGCUUGCACUUCCAUGCGUGUACUUUUUGUGAACAACUUCCGUCGUGGGAAUGCCUUAUCAUCUCCAGCCACUGCAGAAAGACUGUUGAAUUCUGAAUGUGGACUGAAGAAGAGACGGUGGUGGUGGUGGUGGUGGUGAUUUUGGAAGUUUCUUUUUUUCUUCUUCUUUUAUCUUCCUGGACACCAAUCAGCUUGACUAAUCUCCAAAGAGUUUUGCACCUCAGUCUGCUUCUGUAGCGUUUCAUAAUUAUUAGGAUUUUUUUUUUACGUUGUUUUUGCUAUCUCCCAUACCCAACCCCCAAACUCCAACCCCACAGGAAUAGGAAGCAGACAGGCCUCUACUACUUGAAUUUGGUGUGUCUCACUGAUGAGCUUGUCAAUAAUCAGCAAGCGAGAUCGCCAAAUAGUUAGAUGCCUAGAGGCGACACGUGUCAUCUUCUCGAUUUAAGCCAGAAGAACAAGAAUGCAGUGCCUGUUAUUAUACAAAUGUUUUUUUAAUUUUAAUUGUUUUUUACUCAAACCACCUUCCUUAAAUUUUCAGUGAAGGUUUCAGUAACCCUCAUUGCAUCACUGUCAAAGGAAAUUCACUGUGGGUAUUAGUCUGCACGUUUAGCACCAAAAAAACCUCAGUACUGAUUCUCACCACAUGUGUUCAGGUUGAUUUAAAAAAAAAAUCAUCACUGAUUUUCUACUGAACGUUUUAUGUACCACUGGUCCUUUUGGUUGGCUGUUGAACAUCAUUUUGGCCACUCGUUUUCUCAGCCACAGAGCAAGACUGUGUCUGUGAAGUGAAGUGAACUGCAUUACUCCUCUCAGGAUACUCGGGUGUUUUUGUCUUGCAGAAUUUCAAGUUGUAUUUGUGCUUUUUUUUUUUUUUUUUAAAAUACCUUCCAGAUUAUGUAUGUUUCAGUGGUUUAAAUGUUUUUUUUUUUUUUUUAAAUAACCACUACUUUUGCCUAUAUUAGAUGUAAAUUGUUAGUAAGACUGUAACUGCCUUGUUUAAAGACACUGAUUGAUUCUUAAUGCUGUUUUUUUUUUUUUUGCUUGUAGAGCUGUUUUUUUUAAUCAUUUAAAAAUUUUUUUUAAAAGGAGUGAUGUAUAUUUUGUGAGACUAGCGUUUCCAGUUUCCAACCUUAAAGCAGUCCGUGCAGGAUUUUGCGAUCGCAGAAAUUUAACGCAAAAUCAAGGAAACGUUACGACAGAUUUUCCAUAGAUUUGAGACGAGACGUGUCGUGUGAUGUCAUCACAACACGCAUUCGGCCAAAGCCCUCUGCGAUUCACGUGUGUUGAACAUGAGUACAGCUAAAAGGUCUCAUUUAGCAACAAACAUCACUGCGAAAGAUCUGCAAUUUCAUCAAUUCGAGUAGUUUUCCACAAAAACAAACAAACAAACAAAAAAAAAACUCUGCAGCAAAAUCAAGCAUUUCUGGCUGCAACAAUCAAUAUAGAACAUGCAGGUUAUCUUUGGAUGGUUAUAUGAAGGACCAAGAAUGGUUUAAUUUUAGAACCUUUAACAAAAGCUCUAAAAAUGAAACUCUUGUAACCGGUUCGAGUCGGUGUUAAAGUCUAGUCAGAAUUUGCCUUAUUGAUUUGCAUACAGUAUGUACUAGUUUCAGAAAAAAUAAUGACUUAACUGUAUUAACUGUGGUCCUAUGAUUACACAGGUACACAGGCAUGGUACAAAUGUCUCAAGUUCUCAUCACUGAACAGUGUUGCCAGCUGUGUGUGUGUGUGUGUGUGUGUGUGUGUGUGUGUGUGUAUAUGUGUGUUUGUAUGUAUGCGUGUAUGUAUUGUGUGGGGCACAGGCUACUUUUCAAGCAUGAUGAAUGUCCAAAGAAAUGCUGACCGUUUGUUUCCUGCAGACCGUGAACGCUGAGCCAGUGACUGUAGCCCUCACAACUCAGUAGCUAUCUUUCUCACUUCACCUAGUCUCCAUCCGUAUACAUUCACUCCUUAACUUUUUUUUUUAUUUUUUAUUUUUUUUGGUAUGCUGAUAUUUUUUCUUUAAUUUGUAAUUUAUACAUAUUUUUGUCCUUUUUUAAAUUUUUUAUUUAUUUCUUUGUAUAUAGAUCCAUUGCUACUGUAUAGGUUGUGUGCAAUUUCUUUUCUGUGUGUUUCUUGCCACUUUUGUUUUGGUCUUGGAUGGGUCUACAUUUCGUCGUCUUCCACACGCUGUGGAUUAAGGAGGUGAGAGGUUACCCUUUUAUUGGAUCUUGUUUCAUGGUGAUAACUUCCUGAAUUCCUUUUAAAUGUUUUAGGUUAAGGCUAUGAAAAGUGAACCAAGAAAUGUCCGUGCAUAAAUUCUAAUCAUUGUACUCCUACAAGACUGUAUUGUGCGUAUUGGAGUGAUUUAUGUUCUGAACUAUGAAGGGAGUUGGAUUUUUUUUUUUGUCCAGUCAUUGAUUUAGUCAGUCUUGGUUUCCUCUGAAGAGUAUGAAUGGUAAAAAGGCAAAAAUGGGAAGGAAAUUUAUUUACCAGACUGAAGGAAUCCAUCAGCAGUGAAGGAUUGUGAAGUUACCACUUCCAGAUGGGUGACAAAUUAAAGGUAAAGAAAAUAGAGGCCCUGUUGUGCUCUGGGGGGCAUUUUGCUGGCCACUUGUCCCCUUAGAGGGAAGGAUCACUGCUAUGUGUGUGUGUGUGUAUAUAUGUAUAUAUAUAUAUACACAUAUAUAAUGUGUGUACAUUUUUUAUAUAUAUAUGUGUGUGUGUAUAUGUAUAUAUCAUACAUGCAUACACACACACACACAUACACACACACACACACACACACACACGCAGUAUGUGUUUAUACCGUAUAUAUAUAAAAAAUAAGUAUAAUAAAUGUUGUUGUGGUGACCCAACACCUUUAAUUCGUCACCUGUCUACCUUUAUAUUGCAUUAAAUAUAAUUGAAACCUAUUUUUAGAAUCCUUUGAAACAUUGCAUAUACAUAAACAUUAUUACUAGACAGAAAAGUCCCCGAAGAAAUGCGUUGCCCAUAAUACAACAGUGAAUGAAAGCUUGUGGUCACCAUUCUCAUUGACCUCGUUUCCAUGAUGCUCACUGUCUCCUACCAGGUUUCAUUCAAAUGUUUCAAUAUAAUAUAAUCUCUCAAUGAUGAAAACAGGGUAGGAAAGAUUAAUCAAGCCACUGGGCCAUGUUAAUGAGUUAGCAUGUCUUCACUGUAUCCACUAUUUUCUUGAUUUACAUGCACUGGAAAAUAUUUUGUAAUAUUUUUGUCCAAUCUCGUAGUUGUUGUUUUAAAAAAUAUAUCUAUAUUCCAGUGUUCUUCUAAGAAGCCUCUCCUGGCAUUCUCCUAAUACACUUAAGGUGACAGCCACAAGUAACAACGUGUAUGUUUCCUUUUACACAAAGGAUUGCAAGCAUACCAUGGUGUCCAGUAUUAGUUUGAUGAAGUGGUUUAUAUGGAGGAAGAUCGAGGUCUCACCAACAAUUUCAGCUAUUCAAAGACAUUCAAGGUUUAACAGAAUCUUGACCAGGCCUAUGUUUGACAGAAACCAGCAGUAUCAUGAAAAGUAUUUUGUUCUCCAAAAUUUUGGUUUCCAAUUUCCAAAAUUAGGUGUACUGAUGUUUGAGGUAUUAUGCUUGCUUGUGGGUUUUAACAAAUCCAAUCUUGUUCUUCUUUUUAAAAUAAACCAUAGAGGGAUUUUUUUUAUUAUUUUUAUCUUUAUCAAUUGGCAUUUGUAAUAAACUACACUGUAUUUUUUUUAAUUGCCAGAAACCUAUUAUUGUAAAAUUUUACAAUUAUAGAGAUGGCUAAAAGCCUUUUAGUUCAAAAGUUAAAAAAAAAAGAAAAGAAAAAAAUUGUCUUGAGGCUCACAAUUCUCUGUAUACCAAGAAAUGAGACCCAGCGAAAAUGUAGCAUUUGUUGUAAACAUUGAACUGUGUGUCUGCGAGACUGUACUGUGCACUCUGGAACGUGUUGUUUUCUUACGUUUUGAUACAGUAUAGAAGUUUUAGACAAUGUUAUAUAGUGCAAUAUGCUGUAUAUAAGAGCUUUGCUCUACAAAAAUGAUUUCUGACUUUUUUUUCCAUUGGUACAUUUUUUUUUAAUUAAAAUUGUAUUAAAGCCUG